AUGGGCCGCAAGAAGAUUGAGAUCAAGCCGCUCACUGACGAGCGCAACCGCAAUGUCACCUUUCUUAAGCGGAAAGCAGGCCUCAUGAAGAAGGCGUAUGAACUGAGCGUGCUCUGUGGCGUCUCGGUCUCGAUCCUUAUCUUUGGCGCCAACGGCAAACCAUACGAGUUCUGCAGUGCCGAUUUUGACACCGAGGUUGACCGCUACUACGACUACGAGGGGACGAUUGAGCGCCGUCGUGCCGCCGAGUUUGAGGCCAUGGCCCUCGCAGGCGAGGAUGCCAGUGACGAAGAGGACGAGCGUGGGCCGAAGAAGCCAGCAGUUGGCAAGUCACUCAAGGGCAAGGAGAGCUUCAAGGCACGGCGUGCCCCACGUGCUCUGGAACGCGAGCGCGAACGUGAGAGGAGGCGACACCGCGAGCCAAAGGCAGACGACAGCUUUGUUGGCGCUCUCGUUGAUGAGGCGCAGGAACCCGAUGAGAGCCCGACGGCCGCGUCGCUCAACUACGCAAUGAGCAUGCACCAGGCUCCGCAACCGGCACCCCCGGCAGUAUGGCCGCAGUACCGACCACAGCCGUUUAUUCCGUUCAACGCGCCUACGUACAUGCCCUCUCCAUCGGUCAACGGCGGCGGCGGCGGCGGCGGCGGUGGUGGCGGGGGUGGCGGGGGUGGCGGCGGCGGAUGGGACGGCAACAUGCUCACCACAUACGCGUGGUUGCAAAUCCAGCAGGCGCACCAGGAGCAGAAGCGCGCUUUGCUCGAAAAGCAACAGCACCAGCUACUGGAGCUGACGAGCCGGAGCGGUGGGCACGCUUUCAUUCGCGACAUGCUCGGCGUGGGCGCUGGUGGAGGAGGAAGCAGUGGGACAGGGAGCAGCAGCUCGAACAGCCAGGAGUUUGUCUGGCCCACGGCAACGGACGCCGGAGGCGGCCCAAACGGCGUGUCGACGCCACCGGACGAGGACCUCAUCUGGGCGCUGGGUGGUGGUGGUGGUGGUGGCAUGGGCGGACCAAGCACUGUGCCUCCACCUGGCCCAGGGCCCGGCGUCCAGCCCCUGCCAGGCAACAUGCCGUCCUGGCGCGUCGACCCGCCGCGACCCGACGAGCGGGCACCGAAGCGGAUGCGGCAGUAG